GCAGUUUAUAUUGCAGAACACUCCUUCAUAUAUUUGCUUUGACAGCCUCUUAAAACAAUCUGUCAAUGUGUUCUGUUUAAUUUUUAAAAAAUAUUUGUUAGAACAGUAAUAAUCUGAUAUUAAGAGGAAAUGUUAAAAUUUGCCCAUAAUCUGCUUUUCAUCUGUUGGAGGAGAGUCCUGAGAAAUGGAAGCAGGGGUCCCAUCCCCGGGUUCCAGCGGCCCAAGGACCCCCUUCUCGAUCCCCAUCCUUGCAGGCAGACGACUUCGUGGGAAGGCGUUCUACAAUGUGGGUGAGAAAGUCUACUGCCAGGAGGACUUCCUGUACUCCGGGUUCCAGCAAACAGCUGACAAGUGUAGCGUGUGCGGACACCUCAUCAUGGAGAUGUGCCUCCCACCCCCAGAUCCUGCAGGCCCUUGGAAAGUCCUACCACCCAGGCUGUUUCCGGUGCUCAGUGUGCAACGAGUGCCUGGACGGGGUGCCCUUCACUGUGGAUGUGGAGAACAACAUCUACUGUGUCAGAGACUAUCACACGGUUUUUGCGCCAAAAUGUGCCUCCUGUGCCCGUCCUAUCCUCCCUGCACAGGGCUGUGAGACCACCAUCCGUGUGGUGUCCAUGGACAGAGACUACCACGUGGAGUGUUACCACUGUGAGGACUGCGGGCUGCAGCUGAGCGGGGAGGACGGACGCCGCUGCUACCCCCUGGAGGGCCACCUGCUGUGCCGCCGCUGCCACCUGCGGCGCCUCAGGCCCGGCCCCCUUCCCUCACCUGCUGUGCACGUUACCGAGCUCUGAGCGGGGAAGGGGCGCCCCAGUGGGGCCGCGCGUGCGUGCGUGUGUGCGCGUGCGUGUGUGAGAGAGCGCGCCCGGGCGGGACGGGUGACCAGGUCAGUGUCGGAGCUCCGUGUCCCGGGACGCAGCUGCCGUGCUUCCGCACCGCCCCCUCCCCCAGUGCCACCGAGCUGCUGUCCGAGGGGCCGGCCCCGCGGCGGAGCUGCUUCUAUUUAUUCACCGUCUGUGCCUCCUCCGGCCGCCUCCUUCCUUCCGGGCCCUGCCCGGACCCCGUCCCUCCCACCCCCAUGCCGGCUUUCCGUUCCCGCGCCCCUGCGCCCCGCGGCCUCGGGCCGGCUCCCAGAUCGCGUGCAGGGGCGCGGGGUGCAGGGCUACCUUCCCCCUUCCUCCCACUGGCCCCCAGUUUCCCGAUUCAGAAGGGGCCGCGUCUCAGGCUGCUUCUGGGGGGCAGGGGUGGUCUAGCAGGCGGGGGUUGGCAGAGGGCGCGCGGGUUUGCGUGUCUCAUAAGAGCCUUUGGUGGGUGGGAAGGGUGUCGUGUGCGGGUGGGGUCACAGGAGGGGGUGAAGAAUGACACCCUUGGGAAGUGGGGGGCCUGCAAGGGAGCCCUGCCUCUGGCUACAGUGAGAUUGGGUCCCCGGUAUUGUGAUGGGUGUUUUCAGCCACCGUCCCGCCCGGGUCUCCUCAUCCCUGGCUCCUGGCUUGGGUACCGCCCCUCCUUCGGCCCCCUCCGCUCUCCAUCCUUCAGCCUUGAGAAAAGAACCUCGCGCAAAUUCUAGCCACAGGGCUCUCGAUCAAGAGAAACCACAAGGGGGCGCCCUGUCCGUGUGGCAGGGCGAACACCUGUUGCAGGAAAGCUCUGUGUAUCAGGCUCCACGACAAAACCGUAUGAUUUGACUUAAAUUAAGUUUUUCCUUUGAGAAUAUUUUCAUUUUCUUUAAGAGAAUAUAGUUUUCCUCUAAAAACUUGGCCCACGGUUGUUAUUUCUUAGAAAAAUUACGAGAAACUCACAAAUGUCCUCUUUGGAGAUCAUGUGGCUAGUUUUCAGGUGGUAAAAAUGUUGUAUUUUAACUAUUUUUGUAUAAAUUCCUCUAAAACC